AUGCAACGCGACGGGGAUGCGGCGGCGGCCGCCGCGGCCUCGUACCGGGUGCUCAGCCGGCUGCUGGGCUAUGGCACCGGGCCGGAGGCGGGCGCGGCGGCCCGGCCGCAGCUGAUGGUUUUCCGCAACGCUGCAACCGAAGGCCGGCCCGGCGAGGACUGCGGCCCGGUGGCGGCGGCGGCGGCGGCGGCGGCGAGCUGGGGAGCGGCGGCGCAGAACGGGCUGGAGCUGCAGCUGGCGGCGCUGGGGCUGCGGCCGCCGGGGCUGGGGGCGAAGGGGGCGGCGGGCACGGCGGGAACCCCCUGCCCCCCCUGCGCCCCCUGCCCGUGCCUCGGGCCGCCCGCCGGAGAGGAAACCAGCGAUGCGCUGCUGGUGCUCGAAGCGCUGGAGCCCGACGAGGGCGGCAGCGGCUCCGAGGACGAGCCGGGGUCCCCCGGGCGCGGGGCCGCCAGAGCCGCCGGCAGAGCGGCGGCAGCAGCGGCGGCGCCCGGUCCCGCUCCGCCGCCCACCGGUACCGGCACCGGCCCCGGCGGCAGGAAGGGCUCGCUCCGCAUCCGCCUCAGUCGCCUCUUCCGCACCAAGAGCUGCAGCGGGGGCUCGGCCACCGGGGACGCCGCCAGCGCCGCCGGCUCGGCCGGGAGCCUCACGGAUGUGAGCGGGGCCCGCGGCCGCGAGCAGGAACCGGGCAGGAAGCACCGCCUGACCAGAACCCAAAGUGCCUUUUCCCCGGCCGUGUUCAGCCCCCUCUUCACGGGUGAGACCGUGUCUCUGGUGGACGUGGACAUUUCCCAGCGGGGGCUCAGCUCCCCUCACCCCCCGACGCCGCCCCCGCCGCCCCGCCGGAGCCUUACUGUGCUAGAGCCUCAGCCUCUGGUCAUAAUUAAUAGUACUGUGAGCAUGGAGCACUACCGGGGGACGUUCAGCCUGUGGUGCCACCCCAAGUUCGAGGAUCGCUGCCAGUCCGUGGUGGAGUUCAUCAAGAGAGCCAUCAUGCACUCCAAAAAUGGGAAAUUCCUCUAUUUCCUGCGCUCCCGGGUCCCAGGUGAGCUGGGAAUGGGAUUUCCUGGGAAUGGGGAUUCCUGGGAACGGGGAUUUCCUGGGAUUGGGAAUUUCUUACAAUCCAAGUGA